GCUUACCGAGGUCCUCUAUUCUUUAUUGGGAUGCGGUGCAAUUUGGCGAGCACUGCAUCUCAUAUUCAACAUGAAGAGGCGUUUGGCUGCUUUUGCCCGUUUGCAACGUAUGUUUUGUAUUUGGACCUAAAGAGGAUCGCUAUGUUCUCAUAGGAGAGUGUGUCGAGCGAAGGUGCGAUAGUCAAGGUACUUAUAUAAGACUAAAUGAAUUUACGCAGACAGAUAUCUGACGGCGCUUGGCAAUGUCCCUGCAGCUGCCCACAACCUGCCAUCGUGGGCCAGGGCAGUGCGUCAAUAUCCCACCUUGCAAUUAGCAGAGCGGUGUUCCGAUUCAGUCGGUCAAAAUCGCCCCUUCUCUCCAUCAUACUCCUACCACCUCGAUGUCUGACUCUACUCUUUUCGACGAACCAGAUUCCCCUCCUCCACCUGCAUACGAGCUUACAGCGCAGGAGUUUGAUCAGAAAAUAUCCCACCUCAUAGAAGAGAGCAGGAACGAGCCUCUCCGUCGAUCCAAUGAUGGUGAUUUGUGGGAAGUUUGGGAUGAGGCAGCGUUCGACACCGCUGUAGCUCAGCUUACUUUGUCCGAAGGAACCUCCUCGAGUUCAUCGAGCUCUGCGCCAGACACAAUCAGUGAAACUGCUCGAGCCAAGGCGAAGGAGGCAGAGAUGUCAUCUCAUCGUUCCGAAGGGGUCGCGCCAUUGCGGAUUCACAAAAAGUCUGCACCAUCUCAUUCAUCAAUGACAGAAAAAGAGCGUCCCGGUUGGUAUGCGGAAGCCCAGCUCGAUCGGGACCAGCCCUCGGGAUCUCAAGCUACCCCUCAGUCUCCCCGCAGAGAACUACCCCAAGCGCCUAGACGAUCUAGCUAUGAGGAACGCGAGGCGACUCCCCCACCCAUGUUCGAGGCAGUGGGUCCAUCAUUGGAUGGGCCUCCGUACGAAGGAGCUCCAGCAAUAAUCAUGACCUACAGCGGAAGCGACUCUAGACCUGCAUCUCCUUUGCAAUCUCCCACAUCUCCAGCUCCACCGUUCAGCUUCUCUCAUCAUCCGACCCCCUCACGUUCAUUCACGUCUUCACCUCAACCCAGUCAUUAUCGAUCGUCGCCUGGUCCUCAGCCUUCUCACGGCCUUCCUGUCACAGUUUCCCAUGCGCCUGCCGUAUCAAGAGUCAACACUGAUAAGCCGUCAGUGUCUAAUGCACGGCCUGCUGCUAACUUUGCUGUGCUUGGCCCUCGGCUACCCUUCAACCCGCAAAUGGCUUAUAAUAGAAAACCUCGGUAUGGUCUUCCGGAAGAAGAGCCUUUGCCGCAAAUUGUGGAUGCUUCUGCGUUCUAUACCUCUUCCGUGUCUUCCUAUAUUUCGUCGCGCGCUCCUACUGCACCUCGAAGGAAUCCACUUCACCCACCCCCCACAACAUAUGCCAGUCCUACACCUCAACGCGCAUCAUACAUGCCCAUGACCCAAAUGAUACAGCAGCAACAGCAACCUGCUAGCGGGUAUAACAACUAUACCAACCACAAUGUCAAUACCACGUCAUACCCCGUUACCCCUCAGAAUCAACCUGCGUAUGGGCAGCCUAUGCCAUCUACGACGCAAACAACAUAUCCGGGAUACAAUCAACCCGGUUUUCAGCAGGGCUGGACCCAACCAGGAGGAUACCCUGGAUCGCAAUAUGGUCGAUCCUGGUGAUGAUCAGUUGGAAGAAUGCGUGCUACUAAUCGUUGUUCUCAGGGUUUCCACUCUUUUCUGGUGCUACUAUGGAUAAUUGACUAUAUAUGGACAGUGACACUGAAACGAUCAUAUAGCUUGUUUAGGGCUGUGCUUUUACUCUCCUUUCGAUGACCCAAACCUUUGCCUCAUUGCGGAUGGUCUACGUACCCUGUAUCAGUAUCAUCGAUUGUAACUUGACAGUAACUUGCAAUCAUCUUGGUUGGUCAAAUGAUGCCUCGAAGCUGACGCCUGCAUCGCUUGUGUCAAAAACCAAUCUUUUCAAGGACAGGUUCCAUCCUUCCACGAGGCAGCAUUAUCUCUUCGAUCUAGCGUCCACAUAUGUACCGGCAAUUCAAUUUUGAUAGUGGUUACUUAUGACUCCGUAUUCGAAUCACGGCCACAAAUCUUUCGUGCGGUGUUCACGAAUGCGUCAAGUUCACGUCCUCGAGAGAAAUUUGUUGAAGCAUAUGUUUGCUUUGAGGCGGGCCACCGGUUGGCUGGGAUGAUUAAUUCUCAGCCAGCCUUUGCCCACUCGAUAUCUUUACAUCGGGUAACCGAUCCAUCGAUCACGCCGAAUGUCCUUUGACUGCUCUUCUUGCAUUCAAUCAACGGAACGCCUUGAUCACCCUGAACAUCGUGAUGUGUAGAUCAGUAUAGGG